AUGAUUUGCUCCCUCUAAAAACAACAAAAGCUUCUAAACAACAUUGAUAGCUAAAAGAAAAAAUACUUCCAUAAAAAGCAAAAACUAGAAGAUCACUCUACAGACUGCUCUAACUCAAGCAGUGCAAGCUCUUCUCCUUAGCUCUUAAAGGCUGAUAGCAAUUAAUCUCUUCCUUAAGCAAAGAGAAAGCUCAUAAGAAAACCCCAAAAAUUUGUAUUAAAGAAUAAAAUUAUCGCCGAAGGCCAUAGAGGAGCCGGUAUUCACAUGGUUGAAAACACUCUUCCCUGCUUUAGAAGAGGUAUUGAAAUAGGCUUAAAUUCAGUUGAAUUAGAUGUCUGGUUGACCAGCGAUAAACAAAUUGUGGUUGUUCACGGAAAGGAUGACGACACUAUUCAACUUGAUGAUGGAUCAUUCAAAAAGAUUAACGAAAUGAGUUUCUAAGAAAUAACUGAAAAAUACACUAUUAAAGGAGAAAAGUGCCCUUUGCUUCGUGAUGUCCUAUUUACAUGCAAAGAUAAAGUACAUGUAAAUAUUGAAAUUAAAGGAAGAGAAAAUGAAAUGUGCGAGAACGUUCUUAACUUGGUCAUUGAAUGUGGAAUGAUUGGCUAGGUUCAUUUCAGUUCCUUCCUCCAUUAUCAUUAACCACUUUUGAUCUAAGCUCUUGAAUCUCAUAACUUACCUACUAACUCUAUUCAAUUCGGCUAUCUUAUCUGGGAACACAAAGAUUUCUAAACAUUUGAUUAGAUUAACUUCAAAGGAAACAUCCUUGCAUUCCCUUGCAACUUUGUCUACGAUGAAUUUGCAUUACCUUACAUCUUCAAGGCAUAAGAAAGAGGUAUGAGACUUUCUACUUACUUCGAUUUUGAUGUCAUCGAAAACUUUAAUAUCUACAAAAGACUUUAUGAUAUUGGAGUUGACUGUAUAAUUACUAAUUAGCCCCAAUUGCUAGUCAAUUUCUUAAAAAAAUUCCAAAAACAAAACUGA